CUCAUCUGUUGAUCACAGUUAACUUGAAGCCUCUGAACGGGGGAGAGCUGUCAGAUCUGCUUUCAGAGAUAAGGCGCUUCAAUCCAGGCAGCAACUGGAAACUUUGAAGAAGCAGGAUUUACUCUGGAGGGAAACGAUAAGAAAUGGAAUUGAUUUUUACUUAGAAUUUUAAAAGGAAAAAAAUCAAAACUUGAGUUACUCUUUUCAUCAGCUAAACAUGUGCUUUCCGAACUAAGCUGGGACUCUGUAUAAUAAAGGAGCUACUUUAUCUCACUGGAUCCAUGCUAGGUUUUACUACAGUAAGUGCAAUAUUAGUAGGAAUGUUCUAUUUUGUCUGUAAAUAGCGAGGAAAGCAUGAAACGGCAUCAGUGAAAUGCGAGGGGAGCAAAAAAAUCCUCUUGGCAGAUAGUGAAAACCAGGGCUUUGCUGCAACCCGAGGACUGGAGUCUGAGAAAGAUCCAAGUGAUAUUUAACAUGACCAUCUGUAUCGUUUUGUCACCAACAGUAUGUUCUUGAGGAAGAAGUGCAGAUAUGGAUCACGUAAGCUGCGGUUUCUCUUGUUGCUGCUGAUGCUGGGCUUUUUGCUACUGAUGGUUACAACGCUGAAUCCACCACCCAGCAACCAGAGCAAGGAAGGGACUUUCCAGCCCGUGGAGUUCAACCUCCGGGAAGGGUAUCGGAUGGACUUCGCGGAGACCCAAGAGAUGCUGGAGACCCAGGAGGAGAGCCAGCAGUAUUACCCUUUGGAUGGGCUCUCACCUUUCCUGUCCCUGCGGGAGGAUGAGUUGAUCGUGGCCAUUGUGUCGCCCACCGGCAAAAGGAACCACAGCAAGGCCAGGAAGGGCUAUCGCGUGGUGAAGCAGCAGGGCAGGCGGCCGGAGGGGAAGGCGGAGGGGGACCCGGACUCCCAGCUCCUGUCCCUUCCUCUGCAGGCUGGGGCAGGGGCUGCUGCGGGAGAGCGGCCGCUCGGCCUGGAGACCCAUGGCUUUAACGAAGCGCUCAGCGAGCGGAUCUCUCUGCGCAGGGAGCUGCCUGAGGUACGACACCCGUUGUGCCUACAGCAAGAAUAUGACUACAGUCUGCCUACUGCUAGUGUCAUCAUCUGUUUCCAUGACGAAGCCUGGUCUACUCUGCUGAGAACUGUGCACAGCAUUAUGGACACAGCCCCAAAGGCCUCCCUUAAGGAUAUCAUCCUAGUCGACGAUCUCAGCCAGCAAGGGCCUCUGAAGUCAGCUCUGAGUGAAUACAUCUCUAAGCUGGAUGGUGUGAAACUCAUCCGGAGCAACAAGAGGCUUGGAGUCAUCAGAGGUCGGAUGCUAGGAGCUGCACGGGCAACCGGGGAUGUGCUCGUCUUCAUGGAUUCACACUGCGAGUGUCAAAAGGGCUGGCUGGAACCCCUCCUAGCCAGGCUGUCCAGCAAUCGAAACAGUGUCAUCUCCCCUGUCAUAGAUGUCAUAGACUGGAAGACUUUUCAGUACUAUCACUCUGUGGGCCUGCAUCGAGGUGUUUUUGAUUGGAAACUAGAUUUUCAUUGGGAACCUGUGCCAGAGCAUGAAGAGAAGGUACGACAGUCUCCCAUCAGCCCUAUCAGGAGUCCUGUGGUAGCUGGUGCAGUGGUGGCCAUGGAUCGACAUUACUUCCAAAACACUGGAGCUUAUGAUUCUGACAUGACCAUGUGGGGAGCAGAAAAUCUGGAGCUAUCUAUAAGGACCUGGCUCUGUGGUGGCUCUGUAGAAAUUAUUCCAUGCUCUCGAGUGGGGCAUGUCUAUCGAAAUCACUUUCCGCGUGCUUUCUCCUAUGAAGAGGCCAUCAUGAGGAACAAAAUCCGAAUAGCAGAGACCUGGCUGGGCUCUUUUAAAGAGAACUUCUACAAGCAUGACACAGUGGCUUUCUUAAUCAGCAAGGCAGAGAAGCCAGACUGUGGUGAGCGUCUUCAGCUACAGAAGAGACUGGGCUGUAGAAAUUUCCAAUGGUUUGUGUCAAAUGUGUACCCUGAACUCUCCCAACUUGAAGACACACCAAGAUUCUCUGGCAAGCUUUACAAUACUGGUGUUGGCUUCUGUGCAGAUUACAGACCUGGAAGAGCCAUUGCAGAAGGCUCUAUCGAACUCUCCCCUUGCAGUGACACCUCCCUCUUCCAGCACUUUGAAUAUAACAGCAUGAAGGAAAUCCGGCUUGGUUCUGCCCCGUUGUUUUGCUUUGAUGUCAGACACGGGAAGGUUAUCCCUCAAAACUGUACAAAGGAGACAGACAACAGCCACCAGCACUGGGAUGUCCAGGAGAAUGGCAUGAUUGUCCAUGUCCUUUCUGGCAAAUGCAUAGAGGCAGUGAAGAGUGAAGAUGAGAAGGACUUGUUUUUGUGUGUAUGCAACAAGAAUGCAAAUCAGGUGUGGCAAUUUGAACGUUCCCAUGGGCUACAUCAGAGAUGACUGACGGGUCUCUGUGGAGGUCAAGUCUCCAAAAGUUAACAUUACUUCUGUUUGGGAUUUAAGAUACAUUUCCUGCAUGGACAAGAAAGAUGUUUGUGUUUGCUACAGCAUGCAGGGAAGUUAGGAAGGUCUCUCCUUUGAAAGCCUGCUCAAAUAGUUGACGCCAGUUCCUGGUUUAUUCAGCUCUAGCUAAAAUUUCUAUUUAUUAUGUGAAGCAGGGAAUAAAGAUACUGUGAGCAUCAAUAGAUUCUCAACUCUGCUAUUGCAGAAAACAGUUAGGUUUGCCUUUGAAAGAAACAUGGAAAAUUGGCUGCCAGACAGCUUGUCUUUAGCAUAUUCUGUGAUUUCUGAGGAUACAGGAAAACAAAUAUUUGUGAAACUUUUUAAACUGUAAGAGGAAGACAGCCAAACCAGCAUAAGAGUUUAGCUUUGUUUUACAGUGCACUUGACUCAUAUAAAACAAAGUAGGGUUUUUAUGCAUAAAAGUAGUAUAUGUUUUCAUGUGUAAUAGCUAAAAUUUUGUUUUCCAAUUAGCCUGAACCAAAUUUCUACCCUCUAUGAAAUUGCACAGAGCAUAAAUUAGCACUUAAUUAGGUACUAACUGCUCUAAUUGACUUGGAAUACCAAGAGUCCUCAAUGUUUGGCACAGUCCUUCAUCCACAGUCUAGUUUGGAUGGGUGAAUGAGGCUGAAAUACUAACCUUUUUUUUGUUUUAAUGAAAUUUAAGGACAACUCUUCAGGAAACUUUGGUGGAAUAUGGAAGAAGAUUGAACUAGAUUAGAAAGAAGUGUAACAACUUCCCUGCUUGUUUUGAAAUGGAAAGUAUCAGUGGCAUCGAUUUGCUCUUAUAAAGCUAUGGGAUGAGCUUAUUCUUAUUCCAGUGACAAAACUGCUGGCUGAAAACAGCAAAUGAAGGGAAACAGCAGGUUUCAACUAGGAAGAAAACACUGGCACCUACUUGCACUUGCUUGCAGCCUGAGUUAAGUCUUUCACACUGUGAAAGUGAGUAAGUCUUUCACACUGCCAGUUUUAGCCCAAGACCUUUUAGAUUCUUGCCGCUGUGGGUCUCCAAGCCUAUCCGCAAAAGACAGUAGCAUACAAAAUUUUCUAAACAAGCUUCUUCUGCAGAGCCUGCA